AUGAAGUUUGGCCAAAGCGUUUGCAUCUUAAACGUUGGCGGCACGCGGUACGCUUUUCCCAAGGAUGUGCUGAAGGACUUCCCUCUGAGGAGAGUGAGCCGCCUGCACAGCUGCGCGUCGGAGCGAGAGGUCCUCGAAGUGUGCGACGACUACGAUCGGGAGCGCAACGAGUUCUUCUUCGAUCGCCACGCUGAGGCUUUCGGCUUCCUCAUGCUCUACGUGAAGCACGGCAAACUGCGCCUAGUGCCACGCAUGUGCGAGCUCUCCUUCUACAACGAGAUGAUCUACUGGGGUUUGGAAAGCUCGCACCUGGAACUGUGCUGCCAGCGUCGUCUGGAUGAUCGCAUGUCCGACACAUGCACCCACUUCACCGAGGAAGAGCGCCGCGUCGAGGACAAAGAUGACCAAAAGGAGCAAGAGCAGCGGAGGCGGCGAGGUACUGGCCGCGUAAAGGACGCUAAGUGGCUCGAGACCAUGCGCAGGACCUUCGAGGAACCCGCGUCCUCGGUGGCCGCACAGAUUCUUGCUUCCGUCUCCGUCCUCUUCGUCAUUGUGUCUAUGGUGCUCCUGUGCGCAAGCACUCUGCCCGACUGGAAAACGGCCGAAAGUAACAUGGUGGAGGAGCACAGGUACACAGAGUCUAUAGACCAUCCGGCCGGGAUCAUUGAGGCAGUGUGUAUUGGCUGGUUCACAGCAGAGUGCAUCGUGCGUUUCCUUGUGUCACGUGACAAGUGUGAGUUUGUGCGACGUCCACUGAAUAUCAUUGACCUUUUGGCCAUAACGCCUUACUACAUCUCCGUGACCAUGACAGUCCUGACUGGAGAGAACUCGCAGCUGCAGCGGGCUGGUGUGACACUGCGUGUGCUGCGCAUGAUGCGCAUCUUCUGGGUGAUCAAGCUGGCUCGCCACUUCCUGGGCCUGCAGACGCUGGGCCUAACGCUGCGCCGCUGUUACCGCGAGAUGGUCAUGCUGCUGGUGUUCAUCUGCGUGGCCAUGGCCAUCUUUGGAGCCCUGGCUCAGCUGCUUGAGCAUGGGCUUGACCUGAAGUCCAGCAACGAGGAGUAUGCCAGCAUCCCUGCUGCCUGCUGGUGGGUUAUUAUCUCCAUGACGACUGUCGGCUAUGGAGACAUGUACCCCAUCACCGUGCCAGGGCGUGUGCUAGGAGGCCUUUGUGUGGUGAGUGGCAUAGUGCUGCUGGCACUACCCAUUACUUUUAUCUACCACAGCUUCGUGCAGUGCUACCAUGAGCUCAAGUUCCGCUCGGCUCGCUGCACCAGGAGCCUCUCGGCUGAGUUCCUCAAUUGA